UCGCUGAUGCAGACACCCGUCGGCCCCGAGGAUUUAGUGGGAAUGAGCUAUCACACGCCAUAUCUUGCCGAUAGCCUACCCCUUAGCACGUUCCUGAGAGGGGCCGGAGUCUCCCCAAUAUCAAGUCCAAGCUACCGGAAUUAUUCAACCCUCCUGACGUCAGCGGCAUGUUUACCAUCUUAUCUUCUUCUAUUCCUCUUUCUAGAGAGGCUACGACCUAGUAGACAUUAUAGAAGAAAUCAAUCCGCCUAACCAACUCACACAACGAGUUGUUAGGUAUUAACAUUGAAUCAUUCUUGUACCACUCUACAUCACAAAAAUGGUCACAUUCAACCUCGCCUACACAGCGCCCAUCAACCCCAGCGGGACAUCGCCCGCGCUGACACUAGCCCAGGUCUGGGCCGGGCUGAAGCGCAAGGUGCUGCGGGCGCAGGACUUCGUGCCGAUCAUCGAGGAGUGCGUAGUGCUGGUGGAGUCGCAGGACCACACGUCGGGCAACGAGACGGUGACGCGCGAGGUGCGGUUCAAGGCCGGGUCGGAGCCGGCGGCGGGCAGCGGCGGCGCGCUGGUCCGCGAGGUGUGCGCACACUUCGCGCCGUGCAGGGUGGAUUUUAAGCAGCCUGACGGCAGCACCGUGUCGAAUAUCGUGAGCGAGGGCCCCGAUGGGGGGUUAAUGAUGACGUACGCUUUCGAGUGGAGGUACCCUGGUGUUAAGGAGGGGAGCGAGGAGGCGAGGGUGCUUGAGGAGAGGAGUUGGAAGACGGCGAAGAUGGCUGUUCAUGGAACUAUUGAUACUAUCCGUCGACUAGUGAAGGAUGGUGAGAUUACGGCAUGAUAUUUAUUAGGGUUGGUUUGGUUUGGUUGGGAUCGCUCUGGACGGGCAUAAGGUGCGAGUAUUAAUAGGGAAUACCGACCAGUGGGAAAAAAUUGAGCUGAGUUUUACUUUACACAGCAGUCUGUAAGUAAUAAAAGGCAACCAGUGUCUACGUCCUCGUUCGACCGGUAACUUGAUGCCUUCAAGGGAGCUAGGGAACGACUUACUGAAAUGUCAGACUUGUUAAUAUAUGUUGGGUGUCACCCUAAAAACCUACGUAUUCAAACAUAUUCUUUGGGAAGCUCG